UUAGGCUUUUAAUAAACGUUCAAAGGAAAAAUACCGGCGUGUUAAACAUAACUAGGGUGGAUGCUGUACAACAAAAUGUACGGUACCACAACCUGGUAACUGUACUGUAUCUCUGGGUAAUGUACGUACGGUAAUCAUCCCCAGAGAUCCAGGGGCAGGACGAAAGGAAAAAUCGUCCCAUUCGGAUAAACCUAUCCCUGGGUCUCCGAGGAUCGGUAAAAUAAUAAAUGUUCCUGAAAAAAGGACCGAAAAUUGCAUUUUAUUAAUAACGCCGUACCCCUAUUAAAACCCGACCUCCAAAAAGCGUCGGGUCAAAACUCCCGAUUUUUUGAGCAUUUUAUUGAAGCGAAAGUGUUAAGUUAUUUUUUUUCAGAGAACAUAAAUAUAAGGGUAAUUUUUCCUGCAAAAACAUAUUUCAAAGAAAACGAAGAUAAACUCGAAACUCGAAGUGCGAAGACUGAGGAAAAGUCAGCGGUGCGAACUUGCAUAAGUUGUUGUUAUAGUACGUUUACUAUUUCGGUAGUGAUAGAACCCUGUUAAAACGUUACAAUUAAUAAAAAGAUCCUCUGUAUGACGAGCAUUUUAUUGCGAAAAAUGGAGCAUUAAGGUGGAGCAUUUUAGUGGGGAAACAAAAGCAUAAGAGGCAUAAUGUAAUUAAGACCUGCAGGGUACGAGAUGAGGAGCACUGUUACUUUGAGGACAGAUUUCUGUACUUAAGUAUAAAUUCGCCACUUUAAAAAUUUACAUGGCAAGCCGAGUCCAGCAAAUGCUAACGUUAGUUUUAUCUGAUCAUUUGUAGGUUAUGUAGAGUGUUGCCAAGCUUUCUUAUUUAGCUUGGUGAAUCCGAGUUCCUUGGUUGCAACCAAAAUGUCGCUCAUCGCUGGGAUGGAAGGGUGUGGCAUCCUAUGUUCUCGCAGCUAUGGACCAACGUUUGGCAGUGGGUUUGACCUACAUAUAUCAAAUAAUGCAAACUCAAAUUCUAAUGGCAGCAGUCUCGGCACCACCUAUCAGCUCCCACCAGGACAACAGAAGACGUUCUUCACAGGUGCCACAUAUUUCACUGUUACAGAUUACGAGGUGUUUGGACUCCAGCAGUGA